UUCUGUAAUCAAACGUAAACAACAAGAUAAAAGAAGCAAAUAAUAAGAAAUUUCCAAAAAGGGAGAUUGACGAAGACAUUUGACCUCCCAGCUCAACGAACAACAUCGCUUUCGCAGUUUGCAUUGAAUUGAAGCAUAAGCAACCCUUCAAUUCCGACAACAACCGAUUUGCAGAGAAUCACUGUUAUGUUUUCCCGGGAAAGCAAAUUACACUAAUCCUCGGUAUCAAUCUUUUGGCUGUGUGUGACUUGAUUCAGAGUUUGGUUUCUGGGUUUUGGAGGUUUUAGGGCUUGAAUCUGAUGUUGGUUCAGGACCGUGUGGCUCCUAAGCCGCCGAAAUCUCGAAUCAGAGAACUUUCUAUUCAGCAACAUAGCCACCGAUUCGCUGAACCCAAAAACCUAGAUUUCUCGUCAUGGUUUUCCGACAAUGUCUAUAGAAUUGCUGUCUUCUUCCUCGUCCUCGUCACCGUCGCAGCUUUCUUCUUCCUCUACAACACCACCGACACUGCUUCCCUCCUUUGCUUCCAGUCCCAAUCAACUCAAUCGAUUCAGUCUCUCACUCGUCCUCAAAUCAACUGGAAUUCGAUCCAGAUCGUCUCCGACAAAACCUCCCCGUACGCUAAUUUCCGUACUGAGAAAUGGAUCGUGGUGUCGGUGACGAAGUACCCAACGGAGGAGCUCAAGGGUUUGGUCAAGAUUAAAGGAUGGCAAGUUCUAGCGAUCGGAAACUCUUUAACCCCUAAAGAUUGGGAUCUCAAAGGUGCGAUUUUUUUAUCUCUCGAUGCUCAAGCCGACCUGAAUUACCGGAUUCUGGAUCAUUUGCCUUACGAUUCCUUCGUGCGCAAAAGCGUUGGUUACUUGUUCGCGAUCCAGCACGGUGCAAAGAAGAUCUACGAUGCGGAUGAUCGUGGCCAAGUGAUCGAUGGAGAUCUUGGGAAACAUUUCGAUGUCGAGUUGGUAGGUGAAGACGCAAGGCAAGAACCAAUCUUGCAGUAUAGUCACGAGAACCCGAAUCGAACUGUGGUGAAUCCUUAUAUCCAUUUCGGGCAACGGUCUGUUUGGCCUAGAGGUUUGCCAUUAGAGAACGUAGGCGAGAUCAACCACGAAGAGUAUUACACUGAGGUUUUUGGUGGUAAGCAGUUUAUACAGCAAGGGAUUUCAAACGGCUUACCGGAUGUUGAUUCUGUGUAUUAUUUCACCAGGAAGACGACUUUUGAACCGUUUGAUAUCAGAUUCGAUGAGCAUUCUCCUAAAGUGGCGUUGCCUCAAGGCAUGAUGGUGCCUGUGAACUCGUUUAACACGUUGUACCAUUCCUCGGCGUUUUGGGGUUUAAUGCUUCCUGUCUCGGUUAGUUCCAUGGCUUCGGAUGUGCUUAGAGGUUACUGGGGACAGAGGCUUCUGUGGGAGCUUGGUGGUUACGUUGUUGUUUAUCCACCUACCGUUCACCGGUACGAUCGAGUCGAAGCUUACCCUUUCUCGGAUGAGAAAGAUCUCCAUGUCAAUGUCGGUCGUUUGAUCAAGUUCUUGCUUGCUUGGAGAUCAGAUAAGCAUAGAUUCUUCGAGACGAUUCUUGAUUUGAGCUUUGUUAUGGCUGAGCAAGGGUUUUGGACAGAGCUGGAUGUGAAAUUCACAGCUGCUUGGCUCCAGGAUUUGCUUACUGUCGGAUACCAACAGCCUCGGUUAAUGUCACUUGAACUGGAUCGCCCGCGAGCAACCAUAGGACACGGAGAUAGAAAAGAGUUUGUUCCUAGGAAAUUGCCUUCGGUUCACCUCGGGGUCGAGGAGAUAGGCACAGCGAGCUCUGAAAUUGGGAAUUUAAUCAGGUGGAGGAAGAAUUUCGGAAACGUCGUGCUUGUUAUGUUCUGUAACGGACCUGUCGAAAGGACAGCUCUUGAAUGGAGGUUGCUUUAUGGGCGGAUAUUCAAAACCGUUGUCAUUUUGUCCACUCGGAGAAACUCAGAUCUUUACGUUGAAGAAGCUAAACUCGAUCACAUUUACAAGCGUCUACCGAAGAUAUUUGAUCGGUACAGCAGCGCAGACGGGUUUUUGUUUGUUGAAGAUGAUACAAUCCUCAAUUACUGGAAUUUGCUUCAAGCCGACAAAACUAAGCUCUGGACUACAAACAAGGUUACUGAGUCAUGGACAACAGUGAGACCAGCUGGGAAUUCGGAUUGGUAUUCGGUUCAGGCGGAAUUGGUUAAGAAAAUUGUCGGUACAAUGCCGGUUAAUUUCCAAGUCAAUUACAAGGAAGCCACAAAGAACAGCCAUGAAACAGUCUUAACGGUUUGCAGCUCGGAAGUAUUCUAUGUCCCUAGACGCUUCGUUGCUGACUUUACCGAUCUUGUUAAUCUCGUGGGGGAUAUGGAUUUGCAUUACAAAGUGGCUUUGCCUAUGUUCUUCCUGUCGAUGGAUUCGCCUCAGAAUUUUGACCCGGUUCUUGGUUCGAUGGUAUAUAAGAAGAUGGAACCAGCUUCGUUAAACACUUCUUUGAGUUUUUAUUCUGCGGAAACACCAGCGGUUCAUCCUUGGAGCAUCUCGAAUGAACAAGAUUUCAUCAAAUUGGUACAAAAGAUGGCCAAAGGCGAUCCACUUUUGAUGGAAUUGGUAUGAUUCAAAACAUGUAGACUAUGUAAUAGCUUCAGCAAUGAAUGAUUGUUAGAAACAGGAAAUUAAAUCAUUUGUUUGUGUUAUACGAAAAUGGGUUAAUCGAUUCUUUUUUGGCUCUCUUGAUGUAACUUUUUUCCAUGAAUUCCUAGAAUGUUCCUUCUUGAUGCUACUAGU